UCCAUGAUAAUUUUUUAAGAAAAAGGAAAAUAAAAACGACAAGAAAAAGACUUGGCACAGAAAGACAGAGAGUAAGGAAAACAAAACGAAAUAAGAAUCAGAGUAACGAAGAAGAAGAAAGAAAGAGAGUGAUCAGAUGGCGUUGCAGUGGUUGGUUCUCUCCUACGUGGUGGCUGCUGAGGCUGCCGUCGCCAUUCUCGUUACACUUCCGACUCCCAAGCUCUUAAGGGACCGUCUGGUUUAUUUUGUUUCCCUCAUUCUCCAACCUGCGCUUUUUAUUGUUCCUUUCGCUGGAUUCCAGCUUGUCGAUAUAUACUGGAAGAAUGAGCAUAGGUUGAUGUGUACAUCUGAUGUUUGUACUGCUGCAGAGAGAGAUCGAUAUGAGAAAUCUUCCAGCCUCCUGGUACCGUAUAUUGCAUGUAGUUGGAAAGUAGGAUCCUUACUCAUGGGCAGGUUCCGAAAGCAGCUUUCAAUAUAUACAAAGCUCAGAGAAAUGUGGUACUGUGCAUUGCAGCUUGUUUUCUCUAUUGGUCUAUCUACCGCAUAUGCAAGUACCAAAAGGACCUCAAGAAUUUGGAGGAAGUGGAGAAGAGGUACAAGUCCAAGUAGCUUCUUUUUGCAGCUUCAUAUUGUGAUAUGUUUAUUGCUUGGUGGAGGCAGCUAUAGUCUAUAGUUGAGUCUGAUGUACCAAAUUAUACACUCUUGACAAAACAGCAUUUGUUUCAGCUCUAGAGAUUUAUAUUACAACCUUUUUGUGUGUGGUUUUUCACUUUUGUUUAAUUUAAAAGACGUCUAAAGUGGAUUGCAAGUUUCUGUUA